AUGUCCACCAAAACUUAUAAGGAAAGAGCAGUUGCGCACGCAUCUCCUGUUGCUGCUAAGUUGUUGACGUUGAUGCAUGAGAAAAGCACCAAUCUGUGUGCUUCUGUGGAUGUGCGUACUACCAAAAAGCUUUUAGAGCUGGCAGAUACGUUAGGCCCCCACAUAUGUCUACUGAAGACUCACGUUGACAUUUUGACAGAUUUUGACAUGGAGAAAACUAUCAAACCACUGAAGGAGCUAGCUGCGAAGCAUAAGUUCAUGAUUUUUGAAGAUAGAAAGUUUGCAGACAUUGGAAACACCGUGAAGUUGCAAUACUCUUCAGGGGUGUACAGAAUUAGUGAAUGGUCAGAUAUAACCAAUGCCCAUGGUAUAACUGGCCCAAGUGUCAUCGCGGGGUUAAAACAAGCUGCAGAAACUGCUACAACGGAGCCAAGAGGUUUGCUGAUGUUAGCUGAGUUGUCCUCGGCUGGGUCGUUGGCCCAUGGAGACUACACUAAAGGGGUUGUUGAAAUGGCCAAGACCGACAAAGAUUUUGUUAUGGGGUUUAUUGCGCAAGGAGAUAUGGGGGGUAGAGACCAAGGUUUCGAUUGGAUAAUAAUGACACCUGGUGUUAACCUAGAUGAAAAGGGCGAUUCUUUGGGUCAACAAUACAGAUCCGUAGAGGAUGUGGUUGCUGGCGGCAGCGAUGUCAUCAUUGUGGGGAGAGGUUUGUUCUCGAAUGGAAGAGAUCCAGCUGUCGAAGGUGCGCGUUAUAGAAAAGCCUGCUGGGAUGCAUACUUGAAAAGGAUUCGCAAGUAG